AUGUCAGACGAGGCCGACCGCCCACCUGUACCGCCGAUCUUGGCGAUGGUCAUUGGCAUCAACGACUAUUCACAAAGCAAAGGCUACAAAAGCCUCAGCGGGGCAGUUGCUGAUGCUGAGUACUUUGAGAAGUAUCUCAAGGAACGGCUCGGCACACCAGAUGAAAGAAUACUCAGGAAGCACAACGCUUUGCGUCAAGAUAUUUUGGAUGGGUUCUCGGCUCUUAAGACUAACUAUCCCGAUCUUAAGGAUAAGGCCGCGAUCGUCAUCUUCUAUGCUGGUCAUGGCGCCCGAACUGCAAAACCGAGUGAUUGGGUUGACUGGCACACCGAUGAUGACCAGAUCGAGAUGAUUUGCCCGAGCGAUAUUGGGAAGCCCGACGACAAAGGUUUUCCUACUGAAGGCAUCUACGAUCGCACCAUCUCGGCGCUCCUCAACCAGCUUUCGGAGGCCAUGGGUCCGAAUAUUACCCUCAUCAUGGACUGCUGUUCCUCCGGGAGUAUCAAUCGUAGUGAUGAUAACGACAAUGAGAGCGUCCGUGAAAUUUUCAACCCACCGGAUACCACCGCAGAUUGCGACGAGGAUAUUUGGAACUCUCACGACCUUCUCUCUGCGUGCGGUAGAGAUGAGUCGGCUUUCGAGAGCAAGAAGGCAGAUGUCAAGUCAUUGACUUAUACUUCACUCAUGCACCAGCUAGAGAUGCCCAACAAGAAGCAGACUCCCCGAUGCGAGGGCCAUGGGGUUUAUUGGCGCCUCUUCAGCAACGUCGACUCAGAGGGCGCAGAUUGGUCCUUCAUUCUCACAUAUUGCACCACUCGCAACGCCGAGAAUGUCAUUACUCUCGAAGCUGGCCAAGCACAAGGCAUCACGGAGGGAUCCCGUCUUUUUGCACACUAUACAAAUAUCAUCGGUUCUGAACCUCAAGGGCAACUUAUAGUCACAUCUGUUCAGACGUUUGCGUCGACACUCGUCAAGGCUGGCCCCGAGCUCAAUCUCCCCGAGCUAUUCUACUCUAAAGUCAUAAAUCAUGCCGGCUCUGUGAUCAAAGUCUAUUGCCCUGAUAAAGCGUUGAAAGAAUCUGCAUUUCUCGAUCAAUCUUUUGACGACCCCGGUAUUCGCCUUGUUGGCAACGUCAAAGACUGCGAUCUUUACAUCCAAGUCGAGAAUGAAACCGUUAUUUUUACUCGGCAACAUGAUCCCAGAAUGCCGCACCUGAAGACGACCACUCAUCCCAAAAUCAAGAAGGAUGAUUUCGAGGCCGUUCGUAGAAUAGUCCGCGCCUCGAGGGAUUUUUACUAUCACCUCACCCGCCCUCUGGAAGAUGGCUUAGCACGAGUGAAUAUCGAAUUACUCGAGGUGAUGCGUGACUCUCAGUCGAGCAAUCAGGUGGGCGACGUACACCUCAUGCCAAAGACUUGCCAAAAUCUACUUGAAGAGGGUCCAACAAUUCUGGAGGUUGACGAAGAAGCAAUAUACGGGAUGAAGAUCAUUAGCCGAGCUGAUAUUCCUCUCUACCCUUUCGUCUUCUAUUUUGAUGUGACCCAGCUACAGAUCCAGGAAUGGUACCCAAGCCCCUUCGGCGUUAGUGGCGGGAGUCAUGGGGAAUCCAAGUGGGUCUCAAACGGACUCCUGGCGCCCCACAAAGAAUUGGCUAUCGGUCAUGCGGAGUCAGACGUGUGGCCAUGGGGGUUCACACUCUCCAGCGACAGCGAUCUAGGGUUCUUCAGAAUAUUUCUUUCUACCCGCCCAGUGGCUUCGUUCUUUAGCAUGCGGCAAGAGUCGCCCUUUGUCUUUGACAGUGAGGAUGUAGGACGCAUUGGUGGACCACGUGAUCCAACUCGCCGCACAAGCACCAGAGCUGGGGCUCGGAGGGCACAUGAAGAUCGAUGCGGAACACAUCUUUUGGCAAUCUUUCAGCUCAAGGACAUCAAACAGAAAGAAAAUAUUGUUCUUCCGAAAGCACUGAUGCCUGGGAUGUCUUGGAAUCCUUUCAAAUGCUUAUUCAGAAACCGUGAUGGGAGAGUACGUAAGUAA